AUGACGCCUCACAAAAUUGGAUUGGAUAAAAGGAGAAAUGGUGAGAGAUACGGAAGGAUGGAAGUGCGGUACGGACGAGAGGAAGAUCCUGGCGUUGUGUUCGUUGUUGCAAAGAUAGAUUGUCCUCUCCCUGCCGCACUCCCUACAUGUGAAGAGAAGGGGGAUGGUGUAAAGAUAUGCGAUGGCAUGAUCCGCGAAGAUGUACUCCUCCCAAGUGUUCCGCUUGCUGGAUACAACUCCCUACCAGGCCAUACGGACUCCAGCUUGGCGGUACAGGUCACGAAAUUCGAGGAUGGUGGAACAGCCAUUGGGGUGCAAAUCGCACACUGCCUAGCCGACGCAAUAAGUUUGUCGCGGUUCGUGCACGAUUGGAGCGCUACCCACCGAUCCCUCAUAACGAACACGCCAUUUCCGGACUUGCCUCCCGUGUUCGAGCCGUGGAUCCUCGACCAGAGAGCCGCGAGGAGCGUCGACGACGUGGCGCCAGACGAGAAUGUGCUGAAGAUGGCGUAUGGGCUGCCGCUGCAUCGGUACGAUUGGUGGGCGUCUGGCGAGGAGUCAGGGUUUGGUCCGGGGGCACAUAACAUUCCUGAGGCGUUGAAGGACGAACCUAAGGCGCGGGAGCUGGCACAGGAAGGAGAAAGGAUGCCUUGGGACACGUACAACGUCCGGGCACCUGUGUCGCAUACGAUCAUCCACUAUACUUCAGAGGAACUGGAAAGAAUAUGGAAUGCGGCUGCGGCGAGCCCCGAUACGUAUGACAACACGAAGGCGAGUUUGAGCCGGCACGAUGCGCUAGUUGCACACAUCUGGACGCUCGUGAACCGCGCAAGAGGGCCUGAAAACGGGGACGUGGAUAGCGAAGUCCACUGUGAUGUAACGAUUGGUCUUCGGACAAGAGUCAAUCCACCACUCCCUACAUCCUUCCUAGGCUCACCGCUACAAAUCGUACACACGACACUUCAAUGGUCCGUCGCCAGCUCAUCAGCCGCUCUCUCUAGAAUAGCAUUCAGCACCAAGGCCACGCUCUCGCGGUGUACGCCUGCAGCGGUAGGAGCCCAAAUUUAUGCCAUCGCUCAUGAACUUGCACCGCAGAGGUUGUGGCAGGCGUUUCUGGGGAGAAAGCAUCUGAUAGUGACGAGCUGGGCGCAUACAAGACUGUACGAGUGUGAUUUUGGUACCGGACGGACGCCAAGGUAUGUGCAUCCUAUCAUGCCGCUGGUAGAUGGUUGCCUUCAGAUUAUGGAGGCUCGGCCGAAGAAUGUUAAGAUGCCAGGAGGAAGAUGGUAUAAUGACGGUGUCGACGUUGCAAUUUAUCUUGAGAAGGAGGCUAUGGGUCGGUUGGUCAAGGACAACCAUAUAUGGCGUUGA